AUGUCAGAGCAGGCUUAUGGGCCUUUUCCUCAACAACCUUCUACAGGAAUGUCACAAGAUCAGGAACCGUCAAUUUCAGAUAUGCUAAAAAUAUUGUUGGCUUCAACUAUGCAGACCCAAGUAUUUCUUCAGAGUACAGAAGCAUCCAUCAAGAAUUUGGAGAGUACUAUGGGACAAAUUGUUACUUCAUUGAAUAAUCUUGAGGUCAAGAAUAUUGGAGAAUUACCCACAGAAUUAGAGAGUAAUCCAAUAGAGAAUGAUGGUACCCUAACUCUUCAAAGUGGUCAACAACUUGACAUGCCACCUUAUCCAGACAUAACAUUUGAUCCAAUUCCAACUCAAGAAGUCAACAAUUCAACCCCAGAAGCAUCUUCUCCACUGGAGAUCGAAACAUUCACAUUGACAAAAUUUAAGAAUGAGGAGGAAAACAAGGUGAUCCUUAAAAUCAAUAUUUCGCUCCUUACAACCAUUAAGCAAGUACCACCAUAUGCUAAGCUUCCUAAGGAGUUGUCCACAAAUAAAAGGAAGUUGAAAGGUGAUAAAAAGAUAAUUGUGGGGGAGAAUGUUUCUGCUAUUCUCCAAAGGAAGUUGCUACCCAAGUGUCAAGACCUUGGGAUGUUUAUAAAUCCAUACACUAUCAGUAAAAGCAGGUUUGAUCAUUGUAUGAUAGACUUAGGAGCACCUAUUGAUGUUAUGUCUUAUUAUAUUUUUGCUUCUUUAAAUCUAGGGUUAUUAAAAGAAACUAGUGUUAUUAUUCUAUUGGUUGAUCGCACUAAUGCUUAUCCCCUAAGGGUAGUUGAAGAUGUUUUGGUGCAGGUUCAAUUUGGUAGGCCAUUCCGACUUAUUAGAAGUACAAAGCUGCAUGUCAAAGUAUGGGCACUUACAAUGAGAUUUAAUGGUGAAGUUAUACAGUUUGAUAUGUUGAAUUCUAUUGAGAAGUACAAGAAGAAGAAGGUUCUGUUAAAUGACCCACCAUGA